UGUCGCGCCUCUGCUACAGCCAUCAUAUAGUUCUAGUAGCAGUGAACUGACCUAAAGCCGUCUUAUCCUCCACAGGUCAAAUUUGCGACCUUCAAAUCCACAACCUCCGUUUUUUUCAGACUCAAUUAUUGAGUAAGUUGCUCUCCUGCGCGCCUUUUCCCUGUUGGUGUCAUUUGACUUGCGACCGCAAUCCCUCUUGUUUGGGCGCGCGCAAACCACUGCUUAUCCGCUCCACCAACCACCACUUGCACUGCGCACUCUGUCGCAUCACUUCCUGUGCUCCUUAAUCAUCGUAUUAUUGUCGCUGUCCUUUUUCCUGCUGCUUUUGUUGUCGACUGGGUCACUUCCUGCUUCACUUCUGAAUCAUUCUGCUUGCAUCACUCGAAGCCAACUUCCACGUUCUAACGAUUGCAUAGAGCUCAAUAAUCAAAAUGCCCAAGGAGAAGACCACCCGCAAGACCACCAAGACCCGUGGCACUGAGCGCAGAAAGAAGGAUCCCAACGCCCCCAAGCGUGGUCUCUCUGCCUACAUGUUCUUCGCCAACGACAACCGUGAGAAGGUUCGCGAGGAGAACCCCGGCAUCUCUUUCGGCCAGGUUGGCAAGAUGCUCGGAGAGCGGUGGAAGGCUCUGAGCGACACCGAUCGUCGCCCCUACGAGGAGAAGGCUGCCGCUGAUAAGAAGCGUUACGAAGACGAGAAGGCCAGCUACAAUGCGGCUGCUGAGGAGGACGAGGAAUCAUCCUAAGGGUUUCCCUCUCUUCAUGGGUCUUGUGUGUCUGGCCGAUUGGCGUUUUUCGUGUCGUUUAUUCCGCUGAUUGUCUGCCUUGUAAUUGAUGCUUCUUAUAUUUUCUCUUUAUCUACUCAAUGGCUUCUGGUAUGGGAUGAUGGCGGUAACUCUUGAUUUUCUGUUAUGAAGGAUGCUCGAUGGGAAAUUUUUACUGUACGGACUGGCGGCUUUGGGACGAAUUUGACUUGAAGAGGUGCCCGGCGCUGAAUUUCACAACGACGGGAAAACCUUGCGAGUACCUAUGGUGAAAUAUGAAUUGAAGCUGCAGAAGUGAUGUUAGGCGACCAAUAUCUGCUGUAUACUAGCCUAAUCAACCACAUCCUUGUCCUCGGCCUUUCGUGGGUCUUGCUUUAUGCCAUUCUAUUUUCUAGUAUGAUAUCAUG